UACUGAAAGCACUUCUACCUCUUAUUUAUUCUAUGACUUGUCUUUUCACUGUUUCCCAUCAAGUGCACGAGACAUUUCCUUUUAUCGUAGGUUUCAGGAAGCGCGAAUAUGGCUGAAGCAGAUGAGACUCAGAAGAAGAAGAGGACCUUCAGGAAGUUUACCUUCCGGGGGGUCGAUCUCGAUCAACUGCUGGAUAUGCCGAACGAGCAGCUGAUGGAUUUGAUGCACGCGAGAGCACGUAGGCGUUUCUCUCACGGCCUGAAAAGGAAAUCCAUGGCAUUAGUGAAGAAGCUGCGCAAAGCAAAGAAGGAAACACCACCAAACGAAAAGCCCGAGAUUGUCAAAACUCACUUGCGCAAUAUGAUCAUUGUCCCUGAAAUGGUCGGUUCGAUCGUGGGAGUCUACAAUGGCAAGACUUUCAACCAGGUUGAAAUCAAGCCAGAAAUGAUUGGCCACUACCUUGGAGAAUUCUCAGUUACCUACAAACCUGUCAAGCACGGUAGACCCGGUAUUGGUGCCACGCACUCGUCACGAUUUAUUCCACUGAAAUAAGAUGUAUUUCUCGUAACAAUAAAUUACUAAAAAAUGUGAUUAA